UGACCAGGAUUUCCCUUGGAAAUCCAUAGGGCUGCUGAGCUUUUCCAGUGGGUGACCUGUGGUGCACCAUUUGGAUGCAGCUGUUUUUAUUUUUUAUCACAGGUGAAACAGGCAGCUGCCAGUUGUUCAUCCCUCUCUCCAUGUUUGGCAUGCAAGGUGCAGCUUUUGGGAUCAUUUCUUGCACAUUAUUGCACUUCAUGGUUUUCAUAUUGUUUAAUCGGUGAAAAAUAAAAAUAAAAAGUGACACAUGCUUCAUUUGGAGGAAGCAAUCUACUAAGAGGGCUUUCUCUACAAAUUUUGCAGCCAUGGCAUGAUCAUUUUUCCCAAAAUGUGCUUUUUAACUAUAUACUAUGUUGUCUUUUCAACACGUUAAAAGCAGGGACAUAUAAUUAAAGACAAACUGAUGAGGCAGAAACAGACUGGAUGACUGCAAUUAAUUGUACAAAAGAAAUACUAAAGAAAUUAGUUAUUUGGUCUAAACAAGCACUUAAAUCUACUAAUCUGCACUGAAAAAAUAAAUGCUCUAUAUGUUAAGUUUAAGGGGUUUGGUUUUUUUAUUUCUUGUAGAUGUAUUACACCAGACUUCCAGAUGAGAGGACGAGACUAUGAGUGAAGAGUGCCCUGGAGAUCGAAUGUACUUCUUUUCCUGCCUCAGAACUGGAUUGAUCUGAGAACAGUAAUUAUGAGGCUGACCUGUAUGUUCUCCUUCAUCUUGCUGUUUGGAGCAGUUGGACUCGUUGUCUUCAUUCACCUGCAGGAUCCAGAAGAAAUAGUUCAUCAACAGACACCAGGGAUAAAAUAUAACAUGGGAUUCCAGCAACCAAAAAAAGACUGUGUUCCCAGUAAUAACCAGGAUAGAAGAUUAAGAAAAAAUACUGCAGAUGGAGCAGCACCAGUAAAGCAGAGCAACUCAUUAGAGCCAUCUGAAAGUGUGCCCACCAAGCUUCAAAGCACAGACAGAAGGCAAAGCAGCAUCAUGUUUGCUAUGAAAGAUCAACAGAAAGGUGAAGAAACUGAUGCCAUCAGGCUCCAUAAACGCAGGAGGAGGUUUAUAAUUAAAAAGAGCCCAAUUCUGAUUUCCAUGAACAGCUCUGUUCUCAACCUGCCCACACUCAAAUCUGAGGACAGAAACAACAACAAGUGGAAAAGUCUCUAUCAGAUCCAAGGAGAAAGGAAGCGGAUUAUGAGGGAAACUUGUUCAAAAUACAAGAGUAAUAACAGAAGAAUAAUCACUCCUUAUCAUGUCUCUAGGAUAUUUGUAGAAGAUAAAUACAGAGUUUUAUACUGUGAAGUACCAAAAGCUGGCUGCUCUAACUGGAAACGGGUGCUCAUGGUGCUUAAUGGCCUGGCUUCUUCCACAAAAGAUAUCCAGCACAACACCGUGCACUACGGGAACUACCUGAAAAGGCUGGAUGGGUUUGAUCACAAGGGAAUUUAUCACAGGCUCAACACUUACACAAAGAUGCUGUUUAUUCGUGAACCUUUCGAAAAGCUGGUGUCUGCAUUUCGGGACAAGUUUGAGCAUCCAAACAACUACUACCACCCGGUGUUUGGAAAAGCCAUCAUUUCCAGAUACCGCGUCAACGCCACCAAAGAAGCACUGAGGACAGGCUCUGGAGUCAAGUUUAAGGAGUUCAUUCAAUAUCUCCUGGAUGUACAUAGGCCAGUGGGCAUGGAUAUACACUGGGAUCACGUCAACAGGCUUUGCAGCCCGUGUUUAAUAGACUACGACUUCGUGGGGAAAUUUGAAAGUAUGGAAGAAGACGCAAACUUUUUCUUGCACUUAAUUGGUGCUCCACGAAAUUUAACUUUCCCCAAGUUUAAAGAUCGGCACUCCAAUGAAGAAAGAACUACCACUAAAAUUACACAACAGUAUUUUGCACAGCUUUCUCCUGCCCAACGACAACAAAGCUACGACUUCUACUACAUGGAUUACUUGAUGUUUAACUACUCAAAACCUUUCGAAGACUUAUAUUGAUUUGAGAGUCGGGACAUUUCCACAGUCACAUCAGUUGAAUUGUAUAACAAAUCCAGGUGGUUUCUGUUUAUAUACACUUAUGUGUUAGUGAACAAUUGGUUGAAGAGCAGGAAAAAUCCCAAAAUAGAACAUAAACAGAUGUUUACACCUUCACCUUAAUUGCCUCCUUUUUCAAAUCAUAUUUUUUCUAUAAUUUCUCCAUAUGAAACGUAUGUACAUAUAUAUAUAAUAUGUUAGGGUGCCCAAAUAAAGCACAGAAUUUUCCA